AUGGCACGGGAUACUACGAAUAUUAAAUGUAUUAAUUACUUCUGUGGUGUUUCGAAUCAUUUGCACAAACAAGAAGGGAUGUCUUCGCGUUCUGGGAACAGGGCGACUAAUAACGUUAAAAAUGUUAAAUUUGAUUUUACGUUUGAUUCUCCUCCACCUUCUUCCAGUGUGAAUAUGGUGGAGGUCAACAUUUCUCCAAAGUCUUUUACUCAUUCCAAUCCGGAUUUGUUGUCUCUGCGGGAAGGUUGGUUUAUCAAUCUUUCCUCUGUAGACAUUCCGACACAGGUCAUUAGGUUAUUACAAUUAGGUGAGGGCUUUAGUUUACCUCCACGAUGGAAUGACUUGAUGAUUAUCAGAUUUAUCAAACACUUAGAAAAUAAUUUACGUGGUUCUCCUCUCCCUUUGAAGAUGGAGUUUAGAAAUCGGUUUGUCGCCUUGCUUUCCAAUGUUCAGAAGAGAAAAGAAAAACGUACAAUUUUAGAUACUGAAAUUCUUACUGCUCUCUCAGCCACAAAUACUUUCUUGAAUAACAAUAAGAAUAUUUUGUUAACCAAGGCCGAUAAGGGAAAUAUAGUAGUAGCACUAGACAGGUCGGUUUAUAUUGAUAAAAUGCGUUCUCUUUUGUUGGAUAAUGAUACUUAUGUUGAAUUAAAGCGUAAUCCGGCCAAUAAACUUUUAGAUAGCUUACAAGUAUUGUUAAAAAGAUGGAGAGACCGAGAUUAUAUUUCUGACAGUUCAUAUAAACAUCUUAAUGAUUCUAAAGCGAUCUUGCCGCGAGCAUAUGGUUUACCUAAGAUUCAUAAGGAGGGUCAUCCUCUCAGAAUCAUUGUUUCGUCUGUUGGCACGCCUCUCCAUAGGUUAGCAUCUUUUUUACAUAAAAUUAUUUACAAGAGUUUACCGUUUGCUAGAAGUCAUGUUCUCAAUAGUUUUUCUUUAGUAAAGAAAAUCUCGAACAUUUAUAUUGAUGAUCAUUUUGAAUUAAUCUCCUUAGAUGCGAUUUCUUUGUUCACUAACGUGCCUGUGGAGUUGGCGGUCGAUAGUCUU